CUGAGCUUGGCUGCUUCGCCAUCUGCAUGUCCACAUCUAUCAGAUGCCAUCCAUCCAUUCACCCAUCCAUCUGUCCACCUAUUUGCUCCUACAUUCUCUCCCCUCCCUCCCUUCCUCCAAGAUCUCCCUCUCAUCCUGCUGCUGAAUUAUUUAACAUCAGACAGUGGGCUCGGCCGCCGAGCCAGGAGGAGGAUGGAGAGGGUAGGAGGAAAAGCCUGAGAGGGAAGGGGAAGCAUGGAGGUGUCCGACGCUGCAGGAAGCCGUGAGUCAGCAGGGAGAGAAAUGAGCGGUGGGAGGGAAGACGGAGAGAGUUUAUAGAUAGCUUUAGGUGAUACGGCAGGAGAGAGCGGCGUCAAAUGCCUCCCGCGGUUCGUGUGUGUGUGUGCAUGCGCUCAUCGAUCGAGCAGAGAAGGUCAUGGAGCUGAGAGGAGAUUAGCAAGCUAGACUCGGAGCACGGCGAGCCGAGCGAGCGCCUCUCCCCCUGAAUAGCGCAGAAACAGGAGAGGCAACAGACAAAAAAGGGACGAGAGGAGCCGUUACAGUAUGGGGGAGAGCUAUAUGUACCAGCGACUCCCCUACGCCAGAGGAGAGGGGGAGGGGGAGGACGAAGAAGAGAGAGACAGGAGUGUCGGGGGACAAAUGAUGCAGUGUGAGGAGGGCACGGAGUGGCUGCUGGAGCUGCUGACAGAUGUGCAGCUGCAGCAGUAUUUCCUGCGCAUCCGUGACGAACUCAACGUCACGCGACUCUCCCACUUCGACUACGUCAAGAAUGAAGACCUGGAGAAGAUCGGCAUGGGACGCCCCGGUCAGAGGAGGCUUUGGGAGGCAGUCAAGAGGAGAAGAGCUCUUUAUAAACGCAAGUCCUGGAUGAGCAAGGUGUUUCCAGUGAAACGGCCAGACAGCGACCCCCAGCAGCCCCUUCCCCAAGGCGCAUCGUCCGGCACGGUCCCAGCCAGCAGCGAGUCGGCGGCUUCCCUCACCUGCCUGAUCAGAGAGUCGGAGCUGCAGCUGUUUGAGCGGCUCGGAGACGGAACAUUCGGGGUGGUGCGGCGAGGAGAGUGGACCGGACCCAACGGCAGAGUGCUGUCAGUGGCAAUAAAGUGUCUGAAGGCGGGUGUGCUGGACUCAGACGGUCUGGACGAUUUCAUCAGAGAGGUGAACGCCAUGCAUUCACUGAGCCACCAGAACCUCAUCCGCCUGUAUGGUAUCGUCCUCACACAGCCCAUGAAGAUGGUGGCUGAGCUGGCUCCUCUGGGCUCCCUGCUGGAUCGUCUCAGAAAGCGUCAGGGUCACAUCCUCAUCUCCUCGCUGUGUAACUACGCCGUGCAGGUGGCGUGUGGGAUGGCCUACCUGGAGCAGAAGCGCUUCCUCCACAGGGAUCUGGCCGCCCGCAACGUUCUGCUGUCCACCAAUGAAACAGUGAAGAUCGGAGACUUUGGCCUGAUGAGGGCGCUGCCUACACACACCGACCAGUACAUCAUGGAGGAGGGCCACAAAAUCCCUUUCCCAUGGUGUGCCCCAGAGUCUCUCAAGUCUCGUACUUUCUCCCAUGCCUCUGACACCUGGAUGUUUGGGGUCACUCUAUGGGAGAUGUUCACCCACGGACAGGAGCCGUGGAUGGGCUUAAAUGGGAGCCAGAUCCUCCACAAGGUGGACGUGGAGGCUGAGAGGCUGUGCAAACCAGACGACUGUCCUCAGGACAUUUACAACGUCAUGCUGCAGUGCUGGAGCCCCAAACCUGAAGACAGACCGACCUUCAUCGCCCUCAGAGACUUCCUGCUAGAGACUAUGCCCACAGACAUGAGAGCCCUGCAGGACUUUGAGGAGGAAGACAAGCUCCAGAUUAAAAUGAACGAUGUCAUCACCAUCAUAGAGGGAAGGGCAGAGCACUACUGGUGGCGAGGUCAGAACCGGCGGACGCUGCGUGUCGGCCAGUUUCCUCGUCAUGUGGUGACGUCGGUCGCCGGUCUGUCCGCCCACGACAUCAGCCGACCGCUAAAACACUCCUUUAUCCACACUGGACAUGGAGACACAGACCCUCACAGGAGCUGGGGACACGCAGACCGCAUAGACAGUCUGUAUUUGGGAAACCCCAUGGACCCUCCUGAUGUCCUUGGAAUGGAUUCAGGUGUUGCAAGACCAACCAAACUCCCCAACCGUGCAAAAAAGCAGCCUCCUCCUCGUCCACCCCAGCCUGCCGUUCUGCUCAAGAAGCCGUUCUACGACUCGGUGAUGGACGACUACGACGACGAGGACGACACCAGCGCUUCGUCGGGGCUGAAGAGGCUGGGAGUGUCCCUGGGUCUGAAGCUGCGACCGUGGGAGGGGUCCGGCGUGCGCUCGGCCAAAAGCGAAGUGUCGCUCAUCGAUUUCACCGAUGACAGCUUCAGCUCGACCACGCCGUCACCGCUCACCGAGACACGGCAGCCGGAUGAGGACACGCUGAAGGACACUCCCUCCAUCCUGGACUGGCCCCUUCCUCAGCCAGCUUACGACGAAGUUACUACAGACCUCGAGGACCAGUCUGAGGACCAGGAGGUGCGAUCGAUCAACAAAGGGUUCGCCGAAGAGGCCUCUGCGACCCCUGGCACCGGCAUGUCGGGCAGGAGCGAGUCUCAAUCAGCCGACCUGUUCCAGGAGCUGCAGAGAGAGGUGAUGGUGAAGCUGCAGGUUCCCAUGGCAACAGGCCGCUCGCUCCCCUCCUCCCCUCUCCCGAUGCCUCUGGCUCCUUUGGGCCCCCACCGUCAGAUCUGCCUGCCUCCCCCCUCCCCGUCCUCCAUCUCCUCCUUCACCUCCUCUUUCGAGGACCGGCCGGUGUUGCCCCCUCGCAGCCCCGUCCCUCCCCUGCGUCCCUCCAAACACAACAUCUCCACCCGCACCAUCAACCCACAGGCCCGGUCCAGCUCCAUUUCACUGGGCGACGAGGACGACACGCCUCCUCAGAUCCCACCCAGAGACCACGCCUUCUCUCAGCCGGGCUCCCGCUCCUCCUCUCCCCUCCCACUAGUGCCACCGCUCUCCUCCUCACCCGUGGUCCUGCCCCCUCCUCCCAUCUCUGUCUCCCCACGUCGGGCGUCCGGACUCCUGGGUCCCCUCCUGUCUUCCAGCUCCCUGUCCUCUUCAUCAUCCCCGCCUCAAGCUGCUUCCUAUUCUUCACGGCUGGCACCUCCAGGCUCCUCCUACUCCUCCAGCUCCUUACUGGAUCCUUUGGCAUUUCGUGAGGGGCGUGGCCUCUCCUCCUUGAUUGACAGCCCUCAAAGCUCUGCUCCCGCCCCCCUGCCAGAGAGGCCAGCUUUUCUGGAGAGAUACGGAGCAGCCAACAUGGCAGCAGUGAAGCCCAUGAUGCAGCAGCAGCACCCCGGUGGAGUCAAACCAAACACCUCCUACAACAACAACAAUGGAGGAGCUGCAACUCCCAGCAUGCAACAGGAGCAGAGCGUCACACAGGUCCAAGGAGCAGUGCACGGUGUCACCAUGGACGAGUGUCAGGCCGCUCUGCGAAGUCACAGCUGGAGCAUCCCACAGGCCAUAAACCAUUUGAAAGUGGAGCAGCUGUUUCGGUUGGGGCUGCGUUCAAGAGCAGAGUGUGAGGAGCUUCUGCAGCGCUGCCAGUGGAACCUGGAACAGGCCAGCACGCUCAUGCUGGACACGUACGGACCGCAUCUCAAGAGGAAGUGACAGCAGGAGGACGCAGUGAGCGGCCGGUUAGCUACUGAUCGGCUUCUUGCGUCACCCGAAUGACUCAUCGCUUCGACGACGCUUUUUAAUGAAUGGAGGAACAUCAGGCAGUAUACGUGCCUCACUUCCUGUACUGUGAAUAACUGCUACAACCUGUGUCACACGCAUGCAUGCUCAUUAUUGGCUAACAGAGCAGCUUGCUGGAUGAGUCACAGUAUUUACUUGAACAGUUGCUAUUUAUGUUUUUUAUUUUAUGUCAUUAGAUGAAUUCCGCUGGUCGCUGCUGCAGACGUUUACCGACUUUGUUGUGAACACGUGCAUGUUCAAACUGUAAAUGCGUCCAAACUGUAAAUGCCCAUGCCUUUUGUUGCUGUUAAUGAAGUGAUAUAAAUCAGGGAAGUGCCAGCUAACAUACAGUUGUACUUAUUGUGAAAAUGUACAGAUAAUGUUGUAUAUAUAACAGUUUACUGAGCGUGUCGACACACGUGCUAACUGCUGGUCAGAAGAUUUAUCUAGGUAGUGAAGUGAAAGUAAUACUGAUCUGAUUGAUGGCAUAUCAGAUAUUAUUAAUGUAUCAUUUGUGUUUUAAAGGUUCCCUGUGGAGUUUUUUUUUUUUGCAAACAUUCGAAAGUGUAAGAAUCUGGUCCACAUGUAAGCAGAUAGUUUUUUUUUUUUUUUAAAGUGGGUGUAUUUAUUGAUAAAAAUGAAUGAAAUGAAAACCUCUCCAUCCACGGGAAAAUGCCAAUAUUGGCCAAUAGAAUCAUGGAAAAAGGCUAAAAAAAGUUCAUGAAGACCACAAACAAACAGAGAAAUGAGGGAAACCAUGUGUGAUGAACUGAUUCUGAUGCAUUUUUUCCUCAGUCUCGUGCAAAAGCUGAUGUGCAUUUAUGAGUAAAUAUGAAAAAUAAUACUCCUUAUAAAGGUUUGCACUGGCAGUAUUUUUGUCCACAUCAGCCAUUGCACAAAAUUAGCAUCUAACCAAUGUAAAGACAAACACUUUUCAGAAUACCUCCCCUUUUUACCUAAAAGUCUAUUUUCAGCAACCUAAAAUUUGGACAAAAGGCCAAAAUGUAUCAAAUAAUCUUCCAUUUUAACCCCUUGACGCCCAUUGUCACGAAUUUGCGUCAUACCACUUUCAUCAGACUGCAGCCGAGCUCCAUUCCCCCAAUGCCGGUUUGUGCAUAUUCAAUACGCACCUCGGAACCUUUAGCAAGCACUGGUUUCUGGUAGGACCAGUCGGAGUGGGACCUAAUUAUUAUAUGUCUGUGUUCUAUGCCUAAUAGAUAAAUUGGCCAUCUCCAUUUAUUUUCAUAUCAGCUGGAAAGCAAAAACACACAAAAACGUUUUUUAUUUAAUUGUAAAUAAAUUCGGGCGUCAGGGGUUAAAACAUCACCAUGUACAUGUCAGCACAACCUGAAUCCACUAGCAGGCUGUCUUCUUCCUUCCUGGCACAUUUAAACCACCUGUUGGACGGUGAAUCACAGACACACGACUCCGCGGGGCCAUUCGAGCUCACAAUCUCCACAGGUUACCUUUAAACGAGGCUUUAUAACAGCGGGACGUCUUGAGAGAUUGAUGGAUUGAGGUCUUUAGUAUAAUUUCCUUCAGUUGCAUAAAGACAUCCGGCAUCUCCUCAUGAAUACAGGGUAUUAGUUAAACCUGCAAAUUAGAUAUUUAAUGCAGCUCUUGGUUAGUAUUUCUUCAUAUGAAACUGCUGUAUGAUAAUCACGGACCCAUGCUGAAGAGCUUUCCUGUCAUUCAGUUGAUUAGGCAGGCUGCUGCUGUGUGUGUGCAAGCUUAGCGCUGCAGGUGGGCGGCUGACGUCCGACUUUAUAGCGUGUGUGUGCAAUUAUCGAUGUCUGUGUGGAUUCUCGGUCAUCCAGGUCAAUGUAACACGAAAAGAAUCCGUAGAAGUGGACUUUUUAUGGUUCUGCUGUAAUCCUAGUGGCUCUGGUUGUGAGCUGGUGGUGAUAAUAUGCACCAAGAACAGAGGAAGCCUCUUGGUUGGCAGUGAAACACCUUCAAAAACCAAAAGAAUGUCCAGUUGCCUUCUGCUGAAGCUCUUGGUGGUGCAGAUAUUGAUCUCGGAUGUGACGUAUUGUAGGAAAUCAUCAGCAAAUACACAGAAAGCAAGAUCAAUAACAAAUCGUGGAUUGUUGUGGAAACUUUAGCUUUUGACGGACCCUCAGUCCCAAGUUGUUUCUUUUCCAAAAUAAAGGUUUAGACAGUAAGAUUAAGAAGCUAAAUUUCUCAUGGUGGCAGGUGAGUGAAUAAAUUUAAAGCUGUUAUAUUUGUGUGUGUGUGUGAGGCAUCGCUUACGCUCAGCUGUAAGCUCUUAUGCGUAAAUUGUUUUUUUUGUGACGCUGACUGCAUUAUGCGUUUUAGAGUAGCUUCAAAAUGUGAAAUGCAAAUAUGGCCUUUGUUGUUUUAUAAUAAAUUAAAAUGCUCUUUUCAGAA